GAGCUCAAGAUACGGCGAGGUCGAUAAUAAACAGUUAGGGCAACUCCCCCUCAAAACCCAAUCUAGCCGAAGAGAGAUUAGUGUUGCAUUUAAAUUUAAUUCAUGGAACAUGGGAAUCACGAAGAGAAAGAACAAAUACGACUGUGGCGCAAGGAAAUUUCUUCCUAGCAAUUUUAUCUUAAGAACUGUUAUAAUUCGGAAUUCGUGUCAAUGACCAAGUCUUAAGAACUGUUAUUAUUCGGAAUUCGUGUCAAGGACCAAGUGUUCGGCGAUCUUCAAAACAACACGUCUCUCCAAGCCUCCAGGGUUUUUUCGCUCUUGGUUCUAUCACGCCCUCUUUACUAACUGUCAAAGGCUUAGAGUUAGACAAGAUGUUUUCCAUCUUUCUCUUGUAGUUGCCAGUUUUCGUGCAAAUCCUUCAGCUUUUAGGUAAUGCGCAGCUUUUGCUAGCAGUUUUUAGUAACAGAAGUAUAAAUACGACAAACGUAACGGAACAACAGCUGAGCGGGUGCCAAAGGUUACUGGAGUGAUGCUUCAGUUAUUGACGCUUUUGCGUUAGUGGGGAUUCUCUUACGAGGAUGUCUCGGAAUUCUACAAUUAAGCUUAAACAACUGUGCGACUUACGCAACAAGAUUCCCAAACAAGGAAAUCAUCUCAUGUAAUUCGCCUCACAGUCAGGGUGUGGUUUUAUACAAACGCUCCUUUAGCUUGAUUUGACCUAAGGAACUUUGUCAAUAGGUCUCCUGUUUGUUGCACAAUGCGACGCAUAAUGCACUUUUGACGAUCUCAGGAGGCAAAAGGCAGAUUUUGAUUGGUUGAAAUGCGGCUUAAUACCUAACAACGCAGUCUGUGAUUGGUUCUUGGCUGAAGGGUGAUUAAUCGUUCCCACCAUUCCAUUAGCACAGAGGUCUAGUGACCGCUAAGUUGAUUCUAAUGACAGGGGUAGUGUUGAAAUACUCUUUCAGUGAUGCUCACUUACCCAUCGCAUAAACAUUUCAGCUCCUGAGUUGGAGGGCGCAAUAUUGGGAACACUCAUUUGUGCAAUGAUUCAGAAAGAAAGCGUCAUAUCAUGGUUCAAAAGCCUCGAUGGAGAUGAUCGUAUCGACCUCAUGUGCAAUUUAUUAGACUGCUGCCUGCCGUGGGAAAUUCGAUUUUUAGGCACGUUUAUUGAAGCCCAGGUCCAGAGAGAUUACCCGGCGUUCCGACAACCCGAGAGUACGGCGAACAAUCCGUUUGAUCUGAGCUGCCUGACAUGUUUAUACGAUGUUCAUGUCCGUCGGAGGUUGUGUGUUUCACUAGCGUUGCUGCAUUCAAGCAAUCGCCAAGCAGCUUCGGUGCUGUUUGGAAUUCUGAAUGACUUUCAGCCAUCGAGUCUGGGAGAAGAGGAAUUCUUCACUGAACUCUCACUAUUGAUCACCAUGUCCGCUCACCACCCAGCGUUCUCAUUUCAUCAAAAACACACCUUGUCUGCAAAAUUAAAACAGCUCAAACAAUCGGCAAAUCAUACAUCAGAUUUAAGCGAGACUGUCUCCGAAGCAAGCAGUGGUUCUUCGAAUUUUUCGUGUGACCAAGAUGCUUCAGCAAAGAAGGAUGCUCGAGAUGAUCUUUUGUUCGAAGAAAAACAAAAGAAAGAAUCUGUGGAAGAGAAAGCCACCGUAAAUGAAAUCCUUAAGGUUGAGAGUGCAAAUGUCGGCGAUUCUUCCCUGGCUAAGGAUAACACUCUUAAAGAACUUCCAGUCUUUGUGAAAGAGAUUAAAGUGCAAGGUGUGCAAGCUGUGGAGAAAAAGAGGGAAAAAAGAUCAAAACAUGAUCCAAGAAAGCGUGACGAUCAUUGUUAUGUCUUACAGGUUUCUUGGUCAGACAAUACAACAGAAACUAUACACAGGACAUAUGAGGAGAUGUUUGACUUCCAGUGCAAGCUGCGCAAAAUGUAUCCAAAUAAAGUUGAUGCAAGUGGCAAUCCUUGGAAGCUCCCUUUUUUACCUGGAAGAAUCAGAAUGUUUAACAAGCCAGAACCUAAAGGAGAAAAACUGCCCAUCCCUGAUAUUUCAGAAUAUACCAGGUUGUUUAGCAGUCUUCCUGAGUUUGUUCGAGGUUGUGAUCAUGUAGUAAAAUUUUUCCAAAGUGAAAAAAGAAUCAGGAGAAAAUCAGACAACAAAAAGAACAAGAGUGUGACAAAAACAGAAGAACAAUCCAACUGUAAAAACAAGCAAAAUGAGUUUGAAUCACCUCAUAAAAUAGCUGAAGCUGUGCGGGAACAGUCACUUGGUAGAAAAGAUAAAGUCAAGAGUGCAGAUGUCACAAGCACAAAAAUAAAGAAAAAAACAAAUAGCGAGUCUUCUGCAGAGAAUGUUUCCAAGAACAAUGAUACUUGCAUUGUGGGGAGAGAAUCACUUGUUGACAUUGAUGAAAAUGGAAAUGAGGUUAAAUCCAUCCUUUGUGAAACCUCAAAGGAAAAGGAGGAAAGUGAAAAAUCUGUUUCCAGUGACCAACAUCACAAAAAUGGAAUUAUUAAGAUGGCGCCAAUACAAACAUUGUUGCCUUCGUCAUCAUCCUUGUCAACAUCAGGAUCUCUUUUGACAUCCACACAGGUAUCUCUGCCUGUAAAACAGCCAUUUCAUUCUGCUGUUCAGCCAAGUAACAGUAUGUUACACAUGUUAAAUACUAAUGGUUAUUCACUGCCUCCAUCCUUAACAUCGCUGCAAAUAACUCUACCAUCUUCACCCAUUGCAUCUUAUCCUUCACCUUCUCCAUCUCCAAUCACUUCACCUGUCAUGUCUCCUGCCAACUCACCAUCACUUUCACAACGAUCUUGUUCUGGAAACAUAAACUGGACUUUGAGGCAACACAGCCGGGGUGUGAAUGUUUGUGAUUGGCUCAGGAAUUUGAGACUUCACAAAUACUCGGAAGUGUUUAAAGGAAAGACCUUUAAUGAGAUGUUGCAAUUUUCUGAUAGAGAUUUUGAAAAACUUGGCUUAACAGCAGGAGCAAGAAAGAAACUUCAAAUGAACCUGGAAGUUCUUCGGACAAGAGGUUGCUUCACAUCAAAUGGUUUAACAUUGGUAGACAUUCUUCCUUCACCUUCAAGCUUUCCAGUCAACCUAGCUCAAAGUUACGGUUCAGACUGUGAGUUCCUACGAAGCGUCAGUGAAAGUGACAGUGCCAGUGACUGUGGAAGCGACAUAUUAUCUGAACCCGCAACCCAGACAUGCUCAAGUAUUUAUCCAAGGAAAUUUCCAGCCUUAAAUGGAUGCCAUGUAUCAUGCUACAACUGUGGAAGUCUUGGCCAUGUUGGUGGCCAGUGUAUGGCUCCAAACCUGGAUAAAAGAAUUCCCUCAAGUUAUGGUAUCCAUUCAAGGUAUGAUGCACAACUAGAAUGUUGAUGACAGUUCAAACACACUGAAACAAAGGCAUUCAAUCAUUCUUACACUCAAACAAGAAG